AUGUUGGCGAAAAUAGUGAAGGAACAUAACUCUGCACAACAGAUCCAUAAAGAAUUGCAAGGUGAAGAAAGUUCUAUUUUAUAUUCUCUUAAUGUUUUUCAAAAACGGAAAAAUGAGGCAAUUGUGGCGGCGCAAAAUUUUUCAAAUGCGAUCAUUGAUCAUCUUAACUAUUCAAUUUCAAGAGCAUAUAACAACCAAAAACGAUUAGAUGUCGAAGCGAAAAAACUCGAAAAUAAUGCAAUGGUUUUGGUGAAGCAGACUGGAAAAUGGGUUCAAUUAACCGAUCAGUUAAAUCAAGCAUUGAAGGUUAUUAAUGCUAGUUAUUGUUAG